AUGGUCACUUCAGAUGUGAUUGUGUCCUUCGACGUAGAAUCGUUGUUCACCAAAGUUCCGAUCGACGUAACUGUAGAAGCAGCUCGGCAGAAAGUGGAAAAUGAUUCCAGCCCACCCAACUGCACGACAUUACCACCUAGUCAUAUUACAGACCUCCCCAACUUGAUAUUGAGAUCUACAUACUGCCAGUACAAUGGAUCAAUUGACAAACAGACACAAGGCGCAGCUAUAAGGAAGCGCGGUUUCCGCUGUUAUUGUCAACCCCUAUAUGGUGAGUUUAGAAGAACAUGCGGUAACAUCAUCACCUUACAACCCUACAAUACCUUCACCAUCUUGGCACGUGACAGCAUAGAAAACUUCCUACAGCAUUUAAACCACCAACAGCCUUCCAUUUACUUCACCAAGGAGACAGAGAGAAACAAAAAAUUCGCCUUCCUCGACACCGCAUUUACAAGAGAACCUAAUGAACGCCUAACCACCAGCGUCUAA